CCAAAUAAUACUGGCAACGGCCGGGUUUUGUUCGGCCGCCGACCCGAAGCCAAAGCAGUAGGUCUCUCUCUCUCUCUCUCGCUCUCUCUGUGUGGAGACUCGUCUCGUCGUCUGUCUCAGAGUUUUGCCGCUUCAGCUUUCGUUUUCGAUUUCGCGCUCCCUAAAAACUUGUUGGUGUCUCUCUUCCUCCAUAACAAAAACGGCGUUGCCUUUUCGAUCAUUCUUCUACGGCAUAGCUAGGCAAUGGCGUAUCAAGGAAAAGAGCUCAAGUCCACCUCCAUUAACGGUGUGAAGAUAUAUACCUAUGGUUCCCAGCAACGGUCUCGUGCCUCUUGGCUUCCUUCUAAGAAGCUCAACGACCAUCCCUCCUCUAAGAAGCUUCAACCUCUUCGCCGAAACAAAAAAUACUUGCAAGGGGAGGAAGCGAUCCAGGACCUGAUUCAGGACUUGAGAUUUGAAACUGCAACGAGCAAGGUCAAGGCUACUCCUGAUGGAGAAUUUCUAAUUGCAUCAGGUAUAUACCCACCGCAAGUCAAAGUAUAUGAGCUAAGGCAGCUGGCACUGAAAUUUGAAAGGCACUUGGAUUCGGAGAUAAUCGAUUUUCAGAUUCUGAGUGAUGAUUAUUCAAAGCUUGCAUUUCUAUGUGCUGAUCGUUCCGUUAAUUUACAUGCUAAAUAUGGAAAGCAUUACAGUUUGCGGAUCCCAAGAAUGGGAAGGGAUAUGGACUAUGAUUGCUGGUCUUGUGACUUGCUUUGUGCUGCCUCUUCGCCUGAUUUAUACAGAAUUAACUUAGAGCAGGGUCGAUUCCUCUCUUCUCUUAACACACAAUCUCCUGCCCUAAAUGUAGUUUCUAGAAGCAAAGUUCAUGGGUUAGUUGCUUGUGGUGGUGAUGAUGGGGCUGUUGAAUGUUUUGACAUGAGAACAAGAUCUUCAGUUGGUAGAAUUGAUGCAAUUGCACCUGCUGGUGAUAUUGAUCAUGAGGUUACUGCAUUAGAGUUUGAUGGAGAUGGGGGUUUCCUCAUGGCUGUUGGAAGUAGUGCAGGAAAGGUGCUGAUCUAUGACUUGCGUUCAUCUCAUCCUUUACGGGUUAAGGAUCACAUGUAUGAGAGUCCAAUACUGGAUAUUAAAUGGCAUCAGACACUUAAUUCUGAGAAGCCAAAGUUAAUUACGACUGACAAUCAUAUUGUUAGAAUAUGGGAUCCACAAACGGGAGAAGGCAUGACUAGCAUUGAGCCAACUGCUGGAGCAAUAAAUGAUAUUUGUGCAUACAGUGGAAGUGGGCUGAUAUUCCUGGCACUGGACUGCAGUCAGAUACCAUCUUACUUCAUUCCUGCUCUUGGACCUGCUCCCAAGUGGUGUGGUCACCUAGAGAAUUUAACAGAAGAUCUGGAGGAAGAUAAACAAACGACUAUAUAUGAUGAUUUCAAGUUUGUGACAAAAGAAGAUCUUGAGAGGUUGAAUUUGACUAACCUGAUUGGGACCAAUCUACUAAGAGCCUAUAUGCAUGGCUUUUUUAUUGAUUAUCGAUUGUAUAAGAAGGCUAAAUCGCAUUUUGCUGAUGAUGAAUACAUAGAGAAGAUGAAGAGAGAUAAAUUGGAAAAGGAAUUUGCCUCUCGCAUCACGAUUAAGAGGAAACUACCCAAAGUAAACCGUAGUCUUGCAGCUCGCAUUUUGGUUAAUGAAGAAGCAAAUGAGAAUAAAGAUACUGAUGGCAAUGAGAUCAAAAAGAAAUCCAAGAAGAAGGAGCUUAGCAGCGAGAUCUUCAAAGAUGAGCGAUUCGCAAAAAUGUUUGAGAAUAAGGACUUUGAAAUUGAUGAGUUAUCGCAAGAGUAUCUAUCUCUACACCCUGUGGCUUCUCAGAAGAAUCCAUCUUUGGUGGAAGAACAUUUUGAAGCUGUGAUGGAGAAUGGUAAUGAGAACUUAAGCGAUUCUGAUGCCUCUGCAAUAUCUGAGUCAUCUGAAGAUGAUAAGCCUUAUAAGAAGAGUAAAAUAGAAAAGAAGGAACAAGCACCAAGAUUGUAUGAAGUCAAGGAUGAGCGUCAUGCAGAGGCAUUCUGGAACCGUGUGUCACUUGCAAAGGAGGAUUCACUUCCACUGGGAGAGAGAGUGGCAGCUCUCAAAAAAGACCAGCGGGCAUCUGGUGUACCAAGGGAUGUCAAGGUGGGACCUGGUGGAUCACGAGAAAUUUCGUUUAGGUCAAGAAGCUCAGCCAAGUACAAAGAAGACGAGGAGGACAAAGAAACAGGGCAUAAAAGAAGGGGAGUCCAAUCAUUGGGGCUGAAAGAACAUAGGGGCGGCUUUGGAGGCAGAGGGAGGGGAGGUCAUCGGGGGAGGGGCAGAAGGGGCCGUCGGUGAAUGUUGUUUAUUUAUACUUCAGAAAGUCACAUUUGUCUGCUCUCUGGUCUAGCUUGUCCCAUCUCCACCGGUUGUGCAUUUUUGAGAGAAAAGAAUUGAAUAUUCAGGGAUGGGUAUACUAGGGAUCAGGAGAAUGAGAAUUUUGGCGCUUCUAAUCAUAUAUGAGUAGUUAAUCUUCUCUUUUAUAACUUAAUAGUUUGCGGAAAAGAGGCUCUUCCUUUUUCUUUUCUAUUGGGUGUGAAAGAAGAGGGUUUUUGAUGUAUCCUCUUAAAUGGUCAGUCAUAUUGGUACUCUAAAAACCCUGAAUAUUGUAUAUUUAAUUCCUUCAAUUUACAAAUAUGAUUUUUUUAACAGCA